CUUCGCGAGGCAAGCUGUUGCGCUCCUGUUGCGUGACCAUCCCCUUCACCAAACCUGAAAUUGCGCCUGUCCAUUGCAGAUCGAGUUUGCAGUCAACGUGCUGGCGCUUCCCUGUUUCACUUUUUGAGCUCCCUCAGGUGUCUUGGUACUUAUCUUAUCGUAUUCUUAGAUUGGAUCUGCUCGAAAACUAGUGACAAUUUGGCUCACACAGAAGACGCCCAGCAUUGCAUUGAUCGAACGCCUGCCCGAGGUGAUGAAGAUGGAUACUGUCAAACUCACCGUCCUGCGCGGCACGCUGGACGAAGAGAAUCCCCUCUCGCUUCUCCGUGGCAAUGAGCACAUAUGGACCAAGGUGUUUGGCUUAGUAGACACUUGGUAUGAGGAGCACAUAGACCGGAAGUCAGUGGCAUUCGACAUGGUGGAGACCUUUAGGGGGCCGCGUUCCUCGCGCCCCUCGCGCCCCGCGCUAGUCUCCUUCCCAGAGCCCCAGGGCAUCCAAAUCAACAUGAUGCCAAUCAAACUGUUCGAUCUUUACGACACCGUCCCAGCAAACUGCCAGCAGUACAUAAGCUGCAUCAAGAUGUGCGCGGGCGAAUCGCGCCAGAAGGACUUCAACCGCGUCGCAUACUUGACGAUCCACGAGAGUGUCGUCCCCGUGGGAGAACCGCAGCGCCGGCCUGGGCUACACAUUGAGCAGCCCGGCGGAAUUCGGGAUGGCGGCUCGGCCAAGACACUUGAACACGGACAGUAUUACUGGGGCAAGGGGUGGAAGGACGCAGGCCGCAACGAGCUUUCCGAUGGGAUCUACAUGGCUUCCAACGUGAGCAAUUCUUGCACCGUGUGGCCGGUGUUGAUCCAGAAACCAAGCGAUGUGACGGACCGUCAUGGGGGCAUUGAGCACAUGAGGGAGCGCUUAGGCCCUGGACGAAACUUGGCAGCGGGAGAGUUGUGCUGGUUCACCGACCGCACGCCGCACGAGGCGAACCCCCUAACAGCCCCCUCCGAUGACCCCGGCGCGAAGUUCAGAGCCAGGAGCUUUUUCCGCUUAGUGGUGGGGCAAAUCUCGGUGUGGUACUCCAAGCACAACACCCCAAAACCCGUUGGGGGUGCUGCCGGACGCGCCAAUCUCGGACGAGGACAAGUUCAGUUGAAAGAUAGGACACACUUCCUCUACAGGUGA